UUUGAAACACAACCAUGUCACGUGGUUUACAGUUGGACGGCAGCGACUAUCCAAAGCGGAAGUUGCUAAACAUGGCGUCUUCAGAGAGCGGCAGGAAGAGAGAAACAAGAACAGUUUUGCAGUUAAACUUUAUCUCUUUUCUGUACACAAUCGUAGUAUUUUAUUGUUUGUCAGUGCUGCCUGUCACGGCCAAGCGGGACAACCUGAGAGUGAUCACGGACGUGAACUGGGAGGAAAUCCUGACUGGGGAAUGGAUGAUAGAAUUUUAUGCUCCGUGGUGUCCAGCUUGUCAGCAGCUACAGCCUGUAUGGAAUGAAUUUGCAGACUGGAGUGAGGACAUUGGGGUUAGCAUCGCUAAAGUGGAUGUAACUGAGCAGCCUGGUUUGAGUGGCAGGUUCAUCAUCACAGCUCUUCCAACCAUUUACCACUGUAAAGAUGGAGUGUUUCGGCGGUACCAGGGUGCACGCACUAAAGAAGACUUUCUGAGUUUCAUUGAUGAGAAAAAAUGGCAAAGCAUCGAGCCUAUUUCCACUUGGUUUGGUCCUUCCUCUUUCAUGAUGAAUAUGAUGUCAGCUCUCUUUAAGCUGUCCAUGUUUAUCAGGCAAUGCCACACCUACCUGACAGAGCAAGUCGGAAUUCCGGUCUGGGGUUCUUAUGUAAUUUUCGGCUUAGUAACUCUCUUAUCGGGACUCACCCUUGGACUGGUGCUGGUGUUUUUCGCUGAUUUUGUAUUUCCAUCACGCCGCUUUUCUUCUUCUGCCUACCAUCAUAAGAGGCACGCAAUGGAGCAGGCACGCCUUCGGCAGCAGCUGGAGGAAGAGCAGGAAGCUGAUGGAGAAGAAGAGGAGGAUGAAGAUGAAUAUGUUGGAAGUGGGGAGAAGUGGAGCAGCGAAGGUGUAAAAGAGGACACUGUGAGGAGGAGAGCAGUGGGAGGAGAUGAGGAGGAGGACACCUAGAGACCUGAAGAAGUGUGAAUUUGCAUCAACAGACCAAUCAAAUUUCUAUGGAAACGCACGCUCCUGCCAACUUGGCAGGCCUCCUAAUGACAUCACUGAUGAUGUCAGAGUUCUCACUGUGUGUUUGCCCUGUAUCCUUCCCUUCAGUUCCACAGUUUCACCCUCUUUUCCUUUUGUUUGUGAGAGAAAGAAGGGAAGGACUGGGAGAGAAAGAUGGGAGUAGAAGUGUUGGACAGGGGCCAGGAAAAUGUUUGAGAUUUUUUGUUUAUGAAAUGCUUCCCUUUUAACUGAGCUAAUAGUUACCUUCCUGAGCAGAACUUAUUUUGAAAAGCAUAACAUGUUCAUUACUCCAUUUUGCAUUCUUCUCUUCAGUAUUUUAUUCAUUUGAUUAGUUUUUAUGUCAGAUACUUCCUUGUGGUUAUCUGAAGUGUUAGUAUUGGAUUCUUAUUAGUUAUCUUAUAUUCAUUAGAAUGGCUCUAAUGCAACUGUGUGAUGUUUUGAGUUUUGAGCUGUGGGAUGGCACACUAAUGCUUUUGCUUUAAUGCUAAUGAGCCAUUCUCCUGGAAAAAUCCCAUGCUGUAAUGUGACUGCAAAUAAAGUUGGCUGUUUCCCCUGA